CGAAAACACACAUUUCAGUCAACUGGCAAGCGUGAUCUCUGUUUAAAACCAAAUUUAUGUAAAUUACUCUUUUAUCGGGCGAAUUUAGUACCAGUGUUGCUGUGCGGUAGAGUGAGGCUACGCGCAGCAGGGCUGCCACCUAUCGAUGAUUUGUUCUAAGACACUACGUUGACUAUUUACCAAUACCUUUUCGAUAUAAGAUAGAAAACGUCGCCGCGUCGUCCGCGUCGAAACUAACAGCUGAUUUACUUAAAAAAUAUACCGGUGCUUUUAUGGCAUCCCUCGAUUUUAUGAGAGCGCUGAAAUUUGCGGCACAAAAACAUAGUAAACAACGCAGAAAGGAUCCGGACUCCACGCCGUACGUUAACCAUCUCAUAAAUGUUGGCACAAUAUUAGCAGAGGCUGGUAUUAAAGAUGAAGGCGUGCUUAUUGCGGCUGUAUUGCACGAUGUUGUGGAGGACACAGACGCAACCUUUCAGGAAGUGGAGACCCUAUUCGGCGUAGAUGUCUCGAACCUAGUACAUGAAUUGACCGAUGACAAAACUCUGGAGAAGGCGGAACGCAAACGCUUGCAAAUAGAAAAGGCGGCAAAAUCCACAAAACGCGCUAAACUUAUCAAAUUGGCCGAUAAGCUGGACAAUCUGAGAGAUCUGCAAAUGAACACGCCACAGGGUUGGACAGAGGAACGCCGCGAGGAGUACUUUGAAUGGGCCAAGCGGGUGGUGGAUAAUUUACGCGGGACGAAUGCGAUGAUCGAGGAGAGCCUGGACCAGAUUUUCAGGGACCGAAAUCUGUUAUAAAUAUUGCAAAGGGUAGUUGAAGCUGGAAAAGAUUGCUUUCGCUGAGCAACAACUGUUAUAAAUAAUACAACACAAAU